AUUCGACAGAAACAAGACCCUCAUGCAAAGCUCUUUUGAUUUUCUCCCCUUUAUUCUCUCCAUCUUUCUUUCUCAUUGAGUUUUCAACCCACCAUUUCACAUGCUGCUGUUGCUGGAUUUUUGUAUUUCAACCUGCUUUCGUUUCUCCCCAAUUUCCCUUUUUCUUCUUCCAACUAUUUCGCUCUUCAAUUUCCCAUCUCUCAUGCCACUUGCACUUCCUUAAACUUUUUUUGGGCACUGUAGCGCUCAAUCUCAUCUGGAUCUCAAUUUUUGGAGUCGGGGUUUUUGUUUUUGGCGCGGAAUUCUGUGCUUUCGAUUCAAACGCAAUGUCACAAGGCUAUGCAAUAGAGCUUUACUUCGACCCAGCGCUGGAAAACCAAGUGUUGAAGGCUUGGAACGUGCUGGCUCGCCGCCAAAUCAGUACCCAACUCAUUGAGAUUGAAUCACGCCCUCAUAUCACCCUAUUCUCCAGCCCCCUUAUCGAGCCCGCAAGGCUCGAAAACAUCAUCAAAUCUUUCGCCGGAAAGCAAGAGCCUUUGCCCUUAUCCUUCUCCUCGAUUGGAAGCCUUCCCAAUGACAAGAACGUCCUCUUCCUUGCCCCUACUCCGACCUUAUCACUCCUUCAAUUCCAUUCCCAAUUGUGCGAUGCUUUGAAGAAAGAGGGCAUCGAAAUUGGGGAGGAGUAUCGCCCUGACUCGUGGAUUCCUCAUUGCCCAGUUGCUCAGGAAGUCCCCAAGAUUCGAAUGGGGGAGGCGUUCAGUGUAUUGCGGGAUUUGAAGUUGCCGGUUACUGGGUAUGCAAUGGACAUCGGGUUGGUGGAGUUUUCGCCGGUUCGAGAACUCUUCUCCUUUGUGCUCAGUAACACACUAGAAGCGUGAGGUUUUAGAGCAAUUCAGUCAUUUAUCACCUCAAUUUGGUAUUAUCUUUUGAAUGUGUUCACAUUGGUGUUGUAGAAACUCAAUAUAGAUCAAUAUGAAUGGUACUGUUUUAGAGGAUGACAAAUUAACAAAUCUGGGUUUCUGUUUCUGAAGAUGAUUUGUGCUUUGAGAAUUUACUUUGUUUUAUGUUGAGAAUGUUAAUGAAAUUUAUGCCAUUGCAUACUAA